AUGAUGAUGAUUGAAUCAGAAGAUAUGAUUACUGAAAUUUUAAGUCGUCUUCCGUCCAAAUCCGUGGGUCGAUUCAGGUGCGUUUCAAAGGGUUGGCUGUCUUUACUUACACAACCCGAAUUCAUCAAAACCCAUCAUCGAAAAAACCGUACUAACCACCACAUGUUUAUAGAGGCAGAUAAGUCCACACACCGUUAUGUGUUGUAUUCACACUCGUUUGUUAGUGAAGACCACCUCCCUUUAUAUAUAAUAAAUCCAACUAAUAAAUUACCCUUUGAAUUUAUACAUGUACAAUUCCGAGGCUCUUGUGACGGUCUGGUCUUAGUAUCUCAAUUGUGCUACAUUCACGCUUACCGUGACUUUAUGCUUUUAAACCCAACUACUCGGGAAUCUAUGCAAUUGCCGCAAUGCGGUUAUUAUCCUCGGAAUAUUGGAGAACUCCGUUGCGUAACGAAUGGAUUUGGUUAUGAUUCUGUGGCCGAUGAUUACAAGGUUGUUACCCUCGCUUACUUUGGACAUAUACAUGAUGACUAUAGAAAUCAGGUUAUCCAAACUGUUGUCUAUAGCCUUAGAAGUAAUACUUGGAGGCAUCUAAGCAUUGAUAUUCCUUUUUAUGAUUGUCGUUUUACUGGUGAUGCUGUUUAUCUUAAUGGGUUUCUUCUUUGGAAAGGUAAGAAUAAAGAUAACUUACACUUAAUUGUUGCUUUUAGUUUAGUAGACGAGAGUUUCAGUGAAGUACUCGUACCCAAUUUCUCUAAUGAUUCCAAUUUCAUGCUUAGCUGUUGCAAACUAGUUGUCCUUGGUGGAAAGCUAGCUAUGUUUAUGUAUGAAAAAUACAUUCCUUUGAAGUUGGAGGUUUGGUUGAUGAACGAGUACGGUGUUCAAGAAUCUUGGACUAAAAUUCCUCUUGAUAUGUAUGAUAAUUUUCCAGAGGCAGGAUAUAGGAUUUUUGAUGAUAAUGGCAAAAUUUGGGUGGCCAACAAUGGUCAAAUCUGGAUAUAUGAUUCUGAAAAAGCAACUUUUACUAAAAUUGUUUAUUGGAAUUCUUUGAGGUUUGAUAUUUUUGCUAGUUAUGUUGAAAAUCUCUUUUCACUUAAAAGAAAGGAUACAACUUAUGCAGAACAAAUCCUUGAUGUUUCAGCAGAAAGACAAAAUAAUCAAGUUGCUUUACCAAAAAACUUAAACCCCAUUUGCCAUCCAUUUUGCAACAAAUUCUUACGGUUCGCUAACAUCUUCAAUGGUAAAAAGGCAAGCUUAAGAAAGAAACGCAAAGCCGAAGUGAAAGAUAAAAGAAAAAAGGUCAAAAAUUCAAAAAAAAUCCAUCUUAGUAGUGGGAGAAGCCGACCUCACCAACGAUGA